AUGGAUCAUGAACCCGUACCAGCUAGAGAGAAAAUUCGAUCACAUGUCUUGCAGCUUAUUGAAUCAGUUGCCCCAACUAUUACAAAUCCUAAUGAUACAGAAGAAAACGAUUUGAAAAUGAAUAAUGUGUUAGCAAUUAUUUACAAAGACCAUACUAAUAGUACAAAUGACGCAUUUACACAGUUUACGGGAUAUCUUUCAGAACCUCAACUUCGAUUUGAUUUAAAUCCCUUAGAGUGGUGGAGAACACGAGAAGAAAAAUAUCCAGCAAUAGCAACUAUUGCCAAAAAAUAUUUAGCAAUCCCAUCUACAUCGGCAAGUUCAGAGAGGUGUUUCUCAACGGCAUGUAACAUUGUGACGCCAAAAAGAAGUUGUCUUCUUCCUGAAAAUGUAGACAUGUUGGUAUUCUUAUACCAAAACAGAAAAUUAUAUUUCUAG